AUGCGUAGAGGGAGGGCAUGGAACGUCGGUGAUGAUAAAUUAAUUAAAUGGCGAUUAUUGGAUACACCGAAAGCUAUAGGUCAUCUACAAUGUCAACCACGUUCCUCUAAGCCACAAUUGUCGUCCAUUAUCCCGGUUUCUAAAGAACGUAAAGCUCUGUUCGACUGUUCCUCGAUUAUCACAACAACUACAGUCGAAUCGGCGGCUCAGGCUAAUGGAAGAAAACAUCUGCGUCGAAUAGAACGCAGUUCCAUGGCGGACAUGGAAGAGACUACACUUGAUGAUGGUGAUGAUACAAACCGUAUUACACCACCUGAUAGAGGAUGGGCUUUGCCAAAAGAGCGAAAGUGUCACAUCUCAAUGAAUCUCAGAUACAAUAUCUCACUGAGAAGUUCGAUGCUACAACAGAGAAUUCGAUGGAAACCAGAGGAAGUAUCAGCUGAAAUGCAACGAAAGAACGAUUUGAAGGAUAGAUUCUAUUUCACACCGGCCGAGUUUUUAAAACUUGGCCUAAUCAGAUCGUUUUUUUCACGCUGGAAGGCGAUACGUGAAAAGCAAACAGAAACAGUAGUUGUAGACGAAGUGGAGGAGGAAGAUGACGAUGAAUUUGACGAUAAUCAGGUAGUUGAAGAGACUGAGCAAAGAAAUAAUUUAAGAAAUUCAAUGGAAAUUAGCAAUGAACAAGCAUCACCUCCAGCUUCCUCUCGAAACCGAACAGUGUCCCCCGACAAUAGAGCUGGAUCAACAUCCGGCUAA